AUGAUAUUCAGUGCGCUUAGAGCUCUUGAGCCCGCGUUAGUCAGUUAGUCAGUAUUUGGUAUUUGUUAGCUAUUUUUUAUAACUUUAAACCGUGCACACCAUCGAAUCACAAUGGCAACUCCCAGGCGGUCACCCAGUGAAGUUGCUCACGCCUGGCGUGGAAGUUCGAGGCUUUUUGCUGAUGAACCUGAGACCCCAACUUUGAGGGAUGUUCUGAGGGCAAUGGGUGAUCUCCGCAGCACGGUGAAUGAUAUGAGGAGUGACCUGAAGACACUUCAGGAGCAGGUGGCUGCGUUGCAACAGCAACCCCCCAGGGCCCAGGACCCUCACAAAGUUCCCCUGGAGCUGUCGGCACGAGUGAGGCGAACGCAUCGCGGGCUGGGGGAAGAACUGCAGUGGCGCGUUGGACUACAGGACAGCUUUAGGUCCCCUCAUAAUGAGGAAGUCACUAAGGCUAUUCUUCAAGCCAUCAAGGAUUCUGGGGAGAGCUGGGGACCGGAGAGCUUACUCAGAAAAGCCUGUAAUAGGUUCUUUGAAAAUCUGAAGAGCCAGAAGCGACAUGACCUUGAGGGGAGGACUGAAGAGGUCAAAACCAGGAAAAAGCUGACGAGCAGACGUGAAAGGCUUUUCAGACGACGACAAAUGGUGGCGCGGGACGUUUUGGAUGAGGAUGACCUCCAGUACUUGAAGGGAGCGGACGCCAGCCUUAUGUCUGACGAGGAAAGUGGGGAGGAGGACAAGGGCACGUUUGUGGUGCUCUCUCCAAGGUGGAGGAGUGCGCGCCUAUCGCGUAUACUGCACAGAUGUCAGCAGGCGCUGGAGGCCAACGGGAGGAUGGGCCGUAAGCCAGGGAGUUCCAGGCGGCGAGCUACUCUGAACGGCCGUUUCUGUGCUCGGGACCCCCCUGCUGCGUGGGAAAAAACUAAUUAUGUAGAUGUGUGA